AUGGUGAAACAUAUCUUUUACCAUUUUCUAGAAACAAAAGAGAAAGAGGAAGAAAAUAGAAGGCAUGGUCUUCAACUGGGCUGUUCUCGGUGCAAACUUAAGGAGGGAAACAAUCGUUCUCCACAAUUCUUGCACCUAUUCCCAUGGAAAAUCAAGAAAGCAAUCUCAGCCCAAGACCUAGAGCAUCAAAUAGGUUUGGAAUUAAGUGCAAAACAAGUGAAAGAACACCUAUUCAUCCACUGGAAAGAUGAAGCCAAAGGUCGUGUGAUUAAUGGAGAAGGAAUUCCUAUCCAAAUUCUUGAUUUGAACACUGGAACUGAGUACCAAGUGUUCUUCACAAAAUGGCCGAGCAGUGAUCUGUAUUUGAUCGUAGGAAGUUGGUUUAAGGACCUUGUGGUUAACAAAAAUUUGAGUUCUAUAAUAACCAUUGGACUGUAUUGGGAUAAGAAAUCAAAAACCCUUCGUGUAUCGGUUUUGGGAAGUUCAUUUGAAUGUUGGAAGUGA